CGCAGAUACUAAGGCUAACUAUCUGGAACAUGCACAUAAGAGAGAGCAGUUUACUGACACUUAUUAUUGCUCUACUUGAGAUUUGAACUCUUGUUGGUAAAGCUUAUUUAUGGCUCCUUUGAACGUUUAGGAGGAUUGCUGAGGUUCGAGAGAAUGAAAGGCGUAAGGCACUGGAAGAGAUCAUCUACUCUUUGAUUGUUCAAAAGUUUCUCGACAAAGGCAUCACAAUGAUACCAAAGAUAACACCCACCUCGGAUCCCGCUGGACGAGUGGACUUCUGGCCGAACCAGGAGCAGAAGCUGGAGUCUGUUCACUCUGCUGAAGCCUUCGAAAUGAUACAAAGCCACCUAUCUCUCGUCUUAGGAGACCGCUCGGUGGGCCCUCUCGAUACCAUCAUCCAGAUCAGCAAAAUCAAACUAGGCAAGCUAUACGCAGCUUCAAUAAUGUACGGAUACUUCCUGAGAAGAGUUGAUGAGAGGUUCCAGCUCGAGAGAACCAUGAACACCCUUCCCCAAGGUUACGAUGAGAACCGGGCUAGAUACGAGGAACUCAGAUCCUCGACCAAGGGGCUGUGGGACCCAGACUCCUUAAUAGAAAUGAUGCCGGAUGAUGGUGGUGAUAACGUUGAUGAUGGAACGUCAUACAGACUGAGGUCGUAUGUUAUGUACUUGGAUGCAGAGACGCUUCAGAGAUACGCGACCAUGAGAUCUAAAGAAGCGGUUUCUUUGAUCGAGAAGCAGACCCAGGCACUGUUUGGUAGGCCGGACAUAAGGAUAGCGGAGGAUGGUUCGCUAGACACGAGCAACGAUGAAGUGGCCUCUCUGACCUUCUCCGGACUGACAAUGCUGGUCUUGGAAGCAGUAGCAUUCGGGUCUUUCUUAUGGGAUGCUGAGAGCUAUGUUGAGUCCAAGUACCAGUUCUUGAAUGGCUGAGAGUUCUAUUCUUUUCAUAUCUGGAUUUGUUAUGAUAGCUUUGUAGGUUGUACAAAACAGGAAAUUUGUUUUACAUUGUAAAACGAGGGAUGUUGUAUACUUGUAUUCUUGUUUGGGGAUAUGAAAGAACUGAUAGCAGCUGAAGAGGUUGUAUAAGCAGGGUGAAAGAAAAAGGAAAAAUAUUAUUGCUUCCAUUUGUUUGCAUCGGUAGUCAUCUACAGUACAUAAACAUCUGUCAUCAGGUAAGAACCCAGAAAAGAGUAAAUGACGCCAAUCCCCCACGCUUUCAGUUUGUGAAGCCCACAGUUCAAAUUGGGCCUCACCGUCACGAGAAGUUCGGCCCAUUAUAGCAUAUAUCUACCGCGGGAGAAAAAGAGCGGGUAAAAGAAAAAAAGGCAAAAUACAACGGUAUAUCCACAACUAUCAGAUUUGUGACAAAUAUAUCUACAACUAUCGAAAUACACAAAAUAUCCAAAAAUCAGAAGGUUCUGUGACAAAUCUAUCCACUUCCGUCUGAACCUAUAACGGCGUGUCGGACGACGUUAAAUUGACUAACAGAAUGCUGAAUCGAUGCCAUCUCACCUGCCACAUAAGCCAAAAAGCAACCAAACUUUACACGUAGAUGCCAAAUAGGCUAGUUGAAUAAAGACAAAAUACAGUU